GUCUGAACGCACACAAUCAGCAGGAAACCGUCAUGGAGCUCGUUCACGUUGCGGUGGCUGUGUUCAGUCUUCUGUCUCUUGGACAGUCAGCUCCUGUGACUGACUGCGAAACUCUAACCCAGCAUAUUAACAUCCAAGGAAGGGAUCAGCUUCUGGGAAGAUGGACGCACUUAGUAGAGAGCACAGACAUACCCGGAUCCAAGGUGCUGACAAAGAUGUUUGCUCAGACCAGCUGGUGGAACAUCACUGCUGCUGACCAGAUAAAUGGCCUUCGGACUUCUCAGCAUGUUAAAAUGUUGGGCCUUUGCUUCAGUCUUUCAACAAACAUGACUUUGGAAAACAACAGUCUUGUUAUAGCGCAACCCUACUCAUCGGUUGAUGUUCUGCUCUAUACUGGCUGUCCUGACUGCUUGGUUUUGUACUCAAACUCCACAAUUGGAAGAGGCUCAUACCGCAGUCUGCAGCUCCUGAGUAGAAGAGCUAAGGUCUGUGCUGCAGAGCUGGAAGAGUUUUCAAAGCAGCUGGAGUGCCUGAACCUACCGUCAGCUGUUGUGCUGGAUUCAGAGAAAGGUUUCUGCCCAGAGCCCUCUGUCUCCUCGGAAAAGUCCUUUGAUUUAACCGACUCCUUCAAUAACAUGGGCUCUGACGACUUCAACUUGAUGGAGAAGCUUUUCAAAAGUGAUACAGGACUUAAGGAGAUUAUUGACCUCUUCACUGCGUUUUCCAGUUCAGUUUCUAAAGAUGGGAAAAAUUAACAGCCAGAAAUGUCAUGUCACAGUCUGGAAAGAGAAUUUUUCCACAGAAAUAAAGAUGAUUACUGACUGA